GGGUUAACGCUGUGUGUCAGCAGCACUGUGUUCCCUCCUCCUGCCGCUGAGCGUGCACACACCAGAGAUGCACAGAGGAGAGACAGUGUGCAGAUAGAACAGCCAGCUGUCGUCUCAGAGCCGGGCCUUCUCUCUCCCUCACCUCCCCUGUUCUCUGCUGGUCCUCUCACUCCAUGGGACUCCAGACCUGGACUCCAAGCAAGCCACCGCUGUCCUCCAUGGCCUGCCUCGAUGUGGAGACCCCUUCCAUCUGUAGGGGUAAAUUUAAAUCAGUGUUGCAGCUCUGCUUACAGCAGAGGCGAACCCGUGAACAACUUGUGGAGCAAGGCAUCAUGCCACCUUUGAAAGCACCUGCUACCUUCCACCAGCAGAUUCGCAGCCUGGAGAGAGCCAAGACUGGGAACUUGUUAAAGCAUAAACUCGGUGGCAGACCUGAACGCUCAGAGCUCAUCCGAAUGCACAUCCUAGAAGAGACGCAGGCCGAGGCCUCCCUGCAGGCCACACAGAUGAAGCUGAAAAGGGCCAGGUUGGCUGAUGACCUCAACAGGAAGAUCGCCAAGCGGCCAGGUCCAGUAGAGCUGGUGGAGAAGAACAUCCUGCCUGUGGACUCUCGUGUCAAGGAGGUCAACAUUGGUGAUGAGAUGAAGCAUCCCAAGAUUCCAGAUGUGUACAGCUUUGAUGAGGACAGCGGUGAUUCCUUGUGUCCGGAUCAGCUGGGCACCCAUCAGGAAGCACCUGGAUCCACGUCAGCAUCUCCAAGGGCUUCUGGAAGACCCGAGACUGCCUCACCUUCUUCUCACUUAAACGCUUGCAUGCAGGCCACGUCAGAUACAGUCAAUCUGGUCCCCGCGAAUGAGCAACAUAGUAAUCGACCAGUCGCUGCUGCCGUUACCACUGUGACACCAGGACCACAUCUACUGAAGCAAAGCCAGGUUAAGUCACCCAGUGAUAAAAGCCGUAGCAAAAAGAACAGAGAGACCAAGCCACGAGUGAAAAAACUCAAGUACCACCAGUACAUCCCCCCGGACCAGAAGCAGGAGCUCAGUGGUGCGCCAAUGGACUCCGCUUAUGCUCGGCUCCUGCAGCAGCAGCAGCAGUUCCUGCAGCUCCAAAUCCUAAACCAGCAGCAGCAGUAUGUGCUGUCGACCUCAAUGAAAUCUGAGGGACAAACCAGGAGUUCCGGUGUCUCUCUGAGUGGAAACGGUGUUUCUACCCCCGUGCAGCUUCGAACCACUCCUGCUAACUCCAAACCAGAUCAUUUACCUGCUAAUCUGGAAGAGAUGAAGGUUGCUGAAUUGAAAAUGGAACUGAAACUUAGAUCUCUGCCUGUUUCAGGCACUAAGACAGAUCUGAUAGAGAGACUCAGGUUCUAUCAAGAGAAUUCUAACAUUCGAACUGCUCCUAAAACAACAGUCACCAUGGGAACGUCACAGUGGGAUAACAUAAAACUGACCCCGCCUGUGUCCCCUGUUGCCUCCAAGGUGUCCAGUCUUGGCACAGAGGACAGUAGUGUGGUGGAGAGUCCCAAAGAGCUUCCAGAAAAUCCGUCCAAAUCUCCCAUUUUGAGCUCCUCAGGGGAGGGGCGUCUAACAGAGACCAGUUCUGAAAAGGACCAACGUCUGCAUGAGAAGGAGCUCCAGAUUGAGGCGCUCAAGAGGAAGCUGGAGCAGGAGCAGAGGCUGGUGGAGGAGCUGAAGAUGCAGCUGGAAGUGGAAAAGAGGGUUCAGCAAGGAGGUUCUUCUCCUCAGCUGAGUCCUCCUGCAGUCAUUCAGGUCAAAGAGGAAAGCAAAACUCCAAAAGAGUCAUGCUGCUCUGGUGGUCAGCCAGAGGCGGUCAAACAGGAGGAGAAGCACCACUUCAUCGUGUGCCACCAGACUCUGAAGCAGCGUGAAGCUCUGCAGACUGGAGCCCAGAUCGCCCCGCCUGGAGUCACGAUCCAACUCCCUAGUGAUGGCAUCAAGUUACACCCUGCUGUUAGCGGAGUCGCCCCAAGUGCCAUUCUGAAAGUACAGGGCUCCACACCAGCACAACAGCAGUGCACCACGCAGCUAAAGUGCACAACUAAGCCAGAAUACCCAAACCAUGUGUCAAAGUGUAAGGAUCCACCUUGCUACGAGGACGCAGUCAAACAAACCCGCAGCAUGCUGACGGCUGUCCAGGGUCCGGCUGCAGUGAGCCAACAUAUGGAUGACCUCUUUGAUGUACUGAUCAAAAGUGGUGAGAUUUCCCCUUUCAUCAAAGAGCAUCCUGGCCAAGACAAGCCGACACCUGUGACAGCCAGCGUGACCACCCUUCCCGUCAACACGGUGUUAUCUCGCCCUCCGCCCCUGAUCCAGUUGGCCCAGGUGCCUACUGCUCCUCUUAAUCUGUCAAACAGUUUGAUGGCCCUGGAAUCUGACACUCAGCUGGAAACCCUCCUGGAUGGCUCCCUGGGAGCAGACACUGAACCGCGAACUCUGAAGCUGAUGGAGGAGCUUCAUUCACCACUGAACCUCGACAGCGGUAACGUGGACAACAUGGACUGGCUGGACCUAACCAUGUCCGGGACCACAGAGGGGCUCGUCUCCUUAGACAUCACCUCGCCGGUGGCCGUCUUCUCAUCUAACUUCUUGGACUCUCAUGAACUCCACUUGAACUGGGAAUGAACAAUGUGCAGGUGAUUUUUCUUCUUCUUUUUUCAUAAACUGGGAUCGUGACCAACAUGUUGAGUUCCAAGUGGAGCAGCAUGAAGAGAUGUAGCGAUCGCUGUCAAACCUGAUCUGUUUUAAUGUGGGUCUCAAAAACUGAAACAAUCUCAGAUCACAGACUGACAAAGAAAGGUCAUUUUAGCCUGAAUAUGCUUUCAGAAUUUGAAUGAAAAUAAUUUUUUUAACCUUCGAUUGCAUUGUCCAUGACCUCCACCCCAAUAAUUGUCACAUUUGACCUUGCCUGGGCUCUUCAGGCUCCCACUAAUCCUGUAUGUAUGGAUGCCACAUUUGAUGCUAAUCAGAAUUUUUUUUUUAAUCACAAUUUUGACUUAUAACCCUUUAAGCUUUAGCUCACUGACCUAAGGCCUAAAGGUCCAGUGACCUGAGGUGAUGACUGAUUGUCUUUGAUGCUCUGUCUCUUCGGAGGAUCCUUGGUCACUGCUGGAAUGACUCUGUGUCAAACAAGCGGAUACUGAGGGAGACUAAGAUGAGGAGUAUCACUUGUAUUUUUUUGGGAGCUUGGACAUUUUGGCUGCAUGGUGCAUUUUUCUGUGGAUGAUCCAACACAUAGGUGCCUGAGUGUUGGGAACCCCAGUGGCUGGAGCAGGCUAAGGACACGCCCACUUUUCAUCUGGUUGUGGCAAACUGAUGGUUAUUUUAGAGACGUGGGAACUGACCAGCUGUUUCCCUGGGUGGUUGCCAUCCACAAAGCCAACUUGGUUCCGUGGUGUCGUGGAUGCAGCGAGGCGUGGCACCAGCACAUACUCUCAGACUUGACUUGACCUUUGCCAAAACUAAUCCUUUAUGAACAAUUCUGGGAUCAACCAUCAUGCUUACAAAGUAUGCAUGAAGUGCACGAGUGUGUCUGUGUGAAUGGGUGAAUGUGAGGCCUAAUUGUAAAGCGCUUUGAGGGUCUGAUGCAGAUGGAAAAGUGCUAUAUAAAUGCAGUUCAUUUACCAUUUAUUGUGGAAAUCUGCCAACGAACUUGGGAGGAGUGUGGAAACAAACAGAGAUUAUAAUAUGAUCUUGGCAAAUGAAACAUGCAUUUGACCACUGGACAUCACUGAGACAUUUUUAAUGGUCUAAAAGAUCAAAACUUUUUUUCCCAAUAGGUAUCUUCAUUUGAUUCAAUCUUUGGAAUAUUACAUUUUGACCAUCACUUGUUUUUGUCUUUCCAUUCUACAUUAAAAGAGGAAAGAUACAAAUAAAUACAUUUUUAAAAAGCCUUCAUGGUGCUUUAAAAAAUACUCAUGGACUCUU